GCCUUGAAAAGCCUAUCGCUAUAUUAAUAUCCACUUUUAUACCUACAAACCCAAUGAGCACAUCCGUUUUUACCCCGAUCCCAGAAGCCUUGGAAGCCUUCAAAAACGGUGAGUUCUUGAUUGUCAUGGACGACGAGGACCGCGAAAACGAGGGUGACUUGAUUGUCGCGGCCGAAAACAUCACCACAGCCCAGAUGGCCUUCCUUGUCCGUCACUCCUCCGGGUACAUCUGCGCUCCAUUAUCCACCGAGAGAGCCGACUUGUUGGAUCUCCCCUUCAUGAUGGACCAGACCUUGCAAAACGACAGACACAGCACUGCGUACACAAUUACGGUUGAUGUCAAGGAGGGCACCACCACGGGGAUCUCCGCCGCCGACAGAGCCUUAACGUGUCGCAGAUUGGGCCACUUGGGAGCAAAGCCCACUGAUUUCUUGAGGCCCGGCCACAUCGUGCCCUUGAGGGCGGUUCCAGGGUUGUUAAAGACCAGAGUCGGCCAUACCGAGGCUGCUGUCCAAUUGUGUGAGUUGACCGGCCAGAAUCUGGCCGCUGUUAUCUGUGAGUUGGUCAGGGACGAGGAUGGCUUGAUGAAGAGAUUGCCGGAUUGCGUCUCUUUCGGGAAGGAGUUCGGCAUCAAGUUGAUUAACAUCAAGCAGUUGGUCGAGCACAUCAAAUAGCGGAAUACGUGCGCUAAUGUAUAUUCACAUAUUGCUAAGGCUUGGUGUAGGAUCUAUCACAGCUGUUAGGAAUGUAAAAGGACCAAAGCAUGUGUAAUUGACUCGGCCGAGCAACCCCUGGGGAAACUUGAAAUUUUUGGAUACGCUAGACUUGACCUUCAGUUAAGCAGGAUUAGCUCUGUUGGACAGGGUCUAUACCUUAGUUAAGGAUAGCUUACGUGUGGCGUGUAACUCUUUUUCGUCUCUUCACGCUUUAAACUGGGAUUUGCAAGUGAUUCAGGUAGAAUAAAUGUCAAAUUAGGUGGGUUGACCGUGGUAUAUAAACCGGAACUAAAC